AUGGCGAAUUCAAGUUUUCCCCAAACUCCAAGCCCUCCUCAGGCUCACCGGGCAGAAAUCAUGGAAAACCCCCUCCAGACUUAUCUUCUGGGGAUCAUAACAUCCAUAUGUGGGAAUGUCCUCAUCAGCGUUUCUCUCAACAUACAGAAAUAUGCCCAUGUCCGUCAGGCUCAGCGUGGCUCCAAGCCUUACUACACCUCUGCGAUGUGGUGGUGUGGUGUGGUCCUCAUGGGUGUCGGGGAGUUGGGGAACUUUGCAGCCUACGGCUUUGCCCCAGCAUCACUAAUAGCCCCUCUGGGCUGUGUGUCUGUUAUAGCUAGUGCUAUCAUAUCUGUGAUUUUCUUGAAGGAGACCGUGCGGGCUUCUGACAUUGUUGGUGGCACAUUGGCAAUUACAGGAACAUACGUGCUGGUGACCUUUGCCCCCCACAAUUCCACACACAUUACAGCGCAUCUGGUCCAAUACUAUGCUGUCAGCUGGUAUUUCCUGCUUUACCUGUUUAUCGAGGUCAUACUCUUCUGUAUCCUGCUCUAUCUGUACAAGAUAAAGAAGGUGAAGCACAUAGUCAUUGUGAUGCUGCUGGUGGCUCUGCUUGCCUCUCUCACAGUAAUCUCAGUCAAAGCCGUGUCAGGGAUGAUCACAGAGUCUAUAAAAGUCCAGCUGCAGCUCAUCUACCCCAUCUUUUACGUCAUGCUCGUCGUCAUGGUGGCCUCCUGCGCAUUCCAGAUCAAAUUUCUCAAUCAGGCAAUGAAAAUGUUCGAUGCCACAGAAGUGGUUCCGAUCAACUUUGUGUUCUUCACUGCCAGUGCCAUUGUUGCAGGAAUAAUAUUCUACCAAGAAUUUGAAGGCCUGGCUUUACUGAACAUUUUCAUGUUCUUAUUUGGUUGUCUUUUGUCCUUUCUUGGAGUCUUCCUUAUAACUCGAAACAGGCCAAAAAUAAAGCAACAAGAGCGCAAUUUCAUUGCAAUGGAUAGGAUUCCCGGGAGAAAUCGCACAGACCAAGUGCAGCCAGAGGCAAAGUCUACAACAUACGGAUCACUGGCAGCUAAACUCAUGUGCAACAGAGCUGGCCAAUCGGACGAUUCGUAA